UCCUGCUAACGUUUAAGUUGCAUUUACAUAUAUCGAAUGUCGUCAGCUGUUGGCCUUUGGCUAGUUUCAGUACAAUUCGAAUUUUUGCAUGUAAUACGGUGGGGUUUAUUUUUUUCUUUGAACACAAAUGCAGAAUCCGCCGUUUGUGUUCUUCCGUGAUAAAUUUUGUUGUAAAUGAAGCGAUUUUUAGUGGAAUGUAUGUAUACAUGGUGGUCAUCACGAAGAUUUGUAUCAAGUAGUUGGCCUAUAAAACCUUUCUGAUAAUCAUGAAUCUGCAAACAUUGUUUCAAGAUUUCAAUCCAAGCAAAUUUUUGGUACACUCAUGUUUAAUGAUAUUUACAAUCUUGUUUGCCCUUCGCUUGGAUGGUUUCAUUGAAUGGAGUUAUUGGACUGUCUUUAUUCCAAUAUGGUUUUGGAAGAGUAUGGUAAUUCUGGGUGCUACUGUUGGAAGUUAUGUUUGGUGGAGACAUCCUCAUGCAAGAUUAGAAGGAGAUGCUUAUGUACAUUACAAAGCAAUGUUAAUUACUUUGGCAUUACAUUUGAUCUUGUUAAUGUUUGAAUUAUUAGUAUGUGAUAAAUUAGAAUCUGAAAGGCAUCUUUGGAUACUUGUAUUUAUACCACUUAUCUUCAUUUCUAUAGUAUCAAUAGCUGUCUGUAUCUGGGCUGCAAAACAUGAUAGAUCAUUUGAACUUGAAUUAUUUUGUGCAGUCAAUGUAUUACAGUUUAUUUUUUUGGCAUUAAGAUUAGAUGGCUUUGUAACAUGGAGUUGGGAAGUAGUAUUUGUGCCUCUUUGGGCACUAUUAUGCUUAUCCUUAGUAGCAGUUCUAUAUGCAAUAGUAUUUGCUGCUGUUUUAUUAAGAACACCACAGAUUAAUGCCAGACAAAGGCGGACAUCUUUAAAUUCUGCAUUGGCAUAUACAUUUCUUGUGGUUCCAACUUUAGUGUUCCAAGUAUUAAUAGCAAACAAAUUGGAUGGGGAUACUUCAUUAAAUUAUACUACAGUAGCAAUGCCACUUUUAAUAUCUCACAUAACUCUCAUUUUCAUGUCUUUCGAUGCAAAAGGAGGAAAUAGAUGGUGGUUUGGUAUCAGGAAAGACUUUUGUCACUUUUUAUUAGGAUUAUGCCCAUUGCUUCAAGAAUAUGGUAAUAUUUCUUAUCAACCAAGAAGCGAACAAGAUCAACCACCAUCAGAACCAAUGGUCUCAGAAAAGAAUGAAAAACAUUUCAAGAAGAUCGACCUAACAAAACCUGUGGUACCCAUAGUAUCCAUUGAUAUGCCCGAUUGAUUGUUUUUUUUUAGGAUCGACUCAGGUACUUGAAAUGUUUUUAUUGAUAUGACUGGUCCACACCAGAAGCCAUAUCUUAACAAGUAACAGAUACAGGUGCGUAAAUAAUAGAGAAAUCUAUUAUGGAAAGAAAACUAUUAUUUUGAGUAAAGUGUAUCAGAACGAACACAAUAAGUGUGUUAUUGUUAAAUAUAUUGUGCGCCGAGGCAAUCAUAAUAAUUAUAUUAUCUAUUUUGUUCUUGGGGCUUAAGCUUUUUAUAAUUAUCGUAGAUUUUCGUAAGAAGUAAAAGAUGUAAAAAGAAAGACUAUGACGUGAAAAGUCUCAAAGUUUUUUAAAAUUAAUUAAUCAAUAACGAAAUAGUUACGAGAAAAUUGUACGUUAAAUACAUUUAGAGAAAAGGCCCCACGAGCAAAUUUAGCAGCCGCGAUGCUCAAAAAUAUCAUGUCUUUUAAAGCUGCGUUAGUUUUACGUGUACCCAAACUUAAAUUACGCGUAGAGUAAGUAACCAACCCGUCCAUUUGUUUGAUUGCUCCUUUUUAAUAAUAUAGGAUAAUAGCUGACCUAUUUUGUUAUGCCUGUUAAUAGUGAACUUGCGUAACAAUAGCGUUACUAUUAUUUUGCCAAAAGUAGCAGAUACAAAAGAUAGCAAAUAUGCCUAAGGUGGUGCUAAAAGUUAAUGAUAUUUUAAAUAGUUUGUAUGCAGCUGUGAAUCGCGUUUAAAAUCCGUUCUAAACCUCGAUAUAUACUGUGAUCUGUGUAGAGCAAAGUUUGAUUUAUAAUUACUUUAUAUUUUAAAUUGAUUUUCCUGCAAAGCGUUAGAAAUAUUAAUGAAUUUUAUUAUUAAGGAAAAUAUUCAAUGUAAAUAGUUCUACUAUGUUAUAGAAUCUACUAGCACUAUACAGAUCAUGUCUGAAAAUUUAUUAUGUAUGUAAUUAAGUUUCAGUUAAUGCGCAAGUGUUUGAUUCUUUGGUGAUACAAAAUUUUAGUAGAUCACACGCGUAUUAUUGUAAACGUUGCGAAUAAUUCGUUGUGUUUACAUUUUAUUUUAAAAAACGAAAAGAAAACUCCGUUCGUCUUCUACAUUAUUUAAUAAUGUGAAUGCUCAUAUUGAAUGAGACUUAACAAUAGUAUUUACAUAGUAAAUUUAUAAAAAUCAGUGCAAUUCAGGAACAGAGUGAUUGUUAAUAGGGCAAUGAUAAUAAAAUUGAAAAUUACAUUUUUUCUUGUUCAUAGAAAUAUUUUACGUGUAUUUGAGCCCUUUUUAAAAAUAAUUUUUAGUUUAAGAAACCUAGAUCCAUGUUCGCAACAAGAAUGUUAAGAACAUAGAAGAUUAAGAACAAAAGCCAUACAUUUACAUUAGAAUAAUUUUUCUACGUGUUCCUAAGAAUUUUUCAAUAUUUCUCGUUAAAAUAUUCGUAUUGAUAUUAAUGAAGAGAUAGUAUAAUUUUAACAUGUACGGCAAACGUGUUCAAAGGGCUCUGUUACUUUAAGCCUUAAAUUAGAUCUUUGCGUACGCUUAUCAUUUAUUAAUUGCUUAAAAAAUUCUACGAGUAACGAAUACUGCAUUUUCUAAUCGAUAACGUAACAAGUGUAUGCCAUUGUUGUGUUAUGUCAAAUAAGUUAACUUUUAUUAUUAUUAUCAUGUUUUUUAAAACUGCUGUUUCUUACAAACAGUCAAAAAGGAAGAUGUUAUGAUGCUCCUAAAGAGUGUAACAAUAUUUGUUCGAUACGCUAACAUGUUAUAUCUUAUAUAACAUUAAAAUUUUUACAAAAAAUGAUGCAGAUUCUUAUACGUAUUAACAUACAUUGUCGUAAAUUAGAGGUGUACGGAUUUUUCUGCGCUUCGAGAACUGGAACUUUAGACAGAAUCGAGUUAGAUGAUUAGAUAGAAAAUUUGGAAACUUCUAAAUUUCUAAAUUGGGAAGUUUGUUUGAAAAUCAGAGUGUAGAUUUUUGUCGAACUAACCCGAAAUUAGACUGCGCGCGUAUGUCGAAGCUUUUGAAUUCCGUACAUCCCUAUAAUAAAAGCAACCGAAAUACGUAAGUUGUUCGAACAUGAAAAUUUUGAAUCGGCCUUAUAAAACAAAAGAUUGGAUAUAUCGGCUGGGAUACAAGACUGAGCACCUCGCAUCUUUAGAAUAGCAUCAGCAAAAUGCUAAUAAAAAGAAAUAAAAAUAAUCACGUGUAUUAAACAAACAAA